AUGGGUAUGGUUAUGGUAGAUGACAUGAUUAUCUUUGUGAAAUAUAAGCCAGUUUUGCAUGCUUUUGGAUGGUUCUCUCUUCUUCUUAUGGAAAUUGUUAGGAUAAUGUUUGACACUCAUUUUUUAUUAUAUGGAAAAUUCGGGAUAUUGGAUUACUUUGUAUUUGGUGAUGAAACUAUAAUCACCACCAGCUUAGGACAAAGAUUAUUGAGUAAUUUAGUUAAGUUUGGUUUAUGUAUGAAUUUUUUCUUUACAUUUUUAUUGAUGAUGAACCCGAUUCAUGAGAUCGUAGAGCAGAGACUCUGCAAUUUGAGCUACUGUUUACGGUUCAGAUUGGUGGUUGUUUUAGUAGUAAGCUUAGUGGUUCUGAAAGAUAUUUCGUAUACUCGAUCUUUAUGCGAAUCCCUUAAGCGAUGCGCUUUCUCCGAAUUCUCGGGGGUUCCGGUUCAUCUGGGGAUUCAGCUGAUUCUUCCUUUAAUCUUCAGAUUUGACGAAUUAUGGAUUCAAACACCAAUAGUAUCAGGUUCUUAUCCUUUGGGGAGAACUGAUAUUCCUAGAGGUUCAAACUUAAAGUAG